CUUCCCCCGUCUUUGGCUGUACUCUGCAGCAACGCGAGUGCAGCAGCAGCAGCACGGCCAGAGCCAUACUGUUCUGCCUUCAGUGACGAAGAUGAUGGUGAUUACGGCGAAGCGAGUUAACUACAUAUAAAUCCAGCACGUUAUUAUUAUUAUUUUUCAUAAAAGCGUAGUCGCCGUUUUGCGUAGAGAAGCCAGUGAAGCCGAGAGGUUCCCAGAAACACCGAAAAGGAAAAGCGGGUCCGUUCACAAUGACCAACGAGGAGCCUCUACCCAAGAAGGUUCGCCUCAGUGAAUCUGACAUGAAGACCCUGACCAGGGAGGAGUUGUGCACAAGGUGGAAACAGCAUGAAGCAUAUGUCCAGGUCCUGGAGGCAAAAUAUGCAGAUUUAUGUUCCAAUGAUGUAACAGGGCUGAAGGAGUCAGAGGAGAAGCUCAAGCAGCAACAGCAGGAGUCUGCACGCAGGGAGAACAUCUUGGUCAUGCGACUUGCCACCAAGGAGCAGGAAAUGCAAGAGUGCACAACCCAGAUCCAGUACCUCAAGCAAGUCCAACAACCGAGUGCGGCCCAACUGCGGUCAUCCAUGGUGGACCCAGCCAUCAACUUGUUUUUCCUCAAAAUGAAGGCUGAACUAGAACAGACUAAAGACAAACUGGAGCAGGCCCAAAAUGAACUGAGUGCCUGGAAAUUUACACCUGAUAGGUAAAGACAAUCAAAAUAACCCCCCUCCCCCCAAAAAAGUCAAGACUUCCUCAUGCCCCCCACCCUCACUCUCACUGCAGGCAUGCAGGAACAAUGGUGGGGGGAAGGCUGACAAAUGCUGUACUCACCACGAGACUCAGACUUUACAGAAAGCCAGUCACUGCAAAACAAAACUGUUUUUGUACUCUUGCACUGUGCCAGCUACAUAUCACAUAACCUAAAGUGAAAAGACAGUAUGGUCAGGUGACACUUGUGUUUCAGCUCUCUCCCCUCACCGUCCAAGGGCCUGAAGGAGUCUGGACUGUUCCUGAAGAGGUGGUCACUCACUUCCCAACACGGAUAUGCCCUCCCUGCACCCUCAGCUCAAACCAGACAGUUCACAUAUUAAAUAGAGGGGUUAUGGUGGAGGGUGAGUCAGGCAGGGAGCAUCCCUAGCCUAAAACAGCAAUUGAACAUUUUACAAUUCCCAUACUACUAUAAAGACAUUUAACUGUGGAUUACACCACACACAUACCCCUCUAGUCUGCCUGAGAAACGUAAAGACUUUUGGACAGUCUAGAUACAUUUCAGUAACAUGAGGAAAGUUUCUAGGAUUUAAAAUUAAGACUUUGGGGGGAAGAGACACUAGAAAUGAUGUUAAGACUGUGAGCGGAGCCAGAUCCUCGGUCCACAGAGGACUGUGGUUCAGGCAUGAGGGUCCAGUCGCCUGUGUCUUUGAACAUGGGCCCACUCACGGUAGAGUGUAUUUACAUGUUUUAUUUUGUGACUUGUUUCUUUUUAUUGGCAUUUCAUUUGAUCUUUCUCUUUUUUCUCUGAAACAAACACUUACUGCAGUGUGUGUGAACCAAGAAGCACAAUUGGCUUUACACUUGUAUAACAUUUGCACUUUUAUGAAGAAUUAAGCUUUGCUUAAUUCUUCCGAUACUUACCAAAACACACUGCUGUAGGUGCACGGAGUCCUGUUUUCAAGUUGUGAAUGCAAAUGUCUUCAACAAGUCAUGUUAUGAGUUGAUGAGAAUGUAUUUAUUGUAUUUCUGUGUAUUUUUGUUAUUGACCUCACAAUCUCUCCCUCAGCCAUUUGCGCUCAUAGCUGAUUAGACUGUUCUUUCUCACCUGUGUGGCACAGAUCUUUAGCCACUGUUUUCAGAAUGAAACACACAUGGAAUCUGUUUUGUCUUUUCCUGUGUUUUAAAAAAAACAAAUUUAUACUCCUGGUGAGCUUUAAGCUGGCAGUGUAUACACAGCCUUUUGAAAGCUGAAAGCAUUUGUCUUCAGUCAUUUAGAGAAAUGAAUGGUUAUGAUAACUAUUUAAACUAUUGAGAAGAAAUGCAGUUAACUAAAUAAUGUGUAGUGCUUAAUUUUUAAGACAAGUAAGAAUAACACAUGGUUUUCUGAGCUGUUAAGACUUUAAUGACUGCUUCUACUUUUAUAGGGUACAGUUGCAGAGUUUAUUUGCCAUUACUGUUAAUAAGAAGAUGACUCCCAUAGGCAUUUAUAGACUAAAUAGAUGUCAGUUAAUUUUGGUUUUAAAUAACGUGUAUGCCUGUCAUAUGUUUUGUAAAUUUGGCUUCUUGAUUAGGGCUUUUGUAAAGCACAAACGCAAUAACUGCUAAUGUAAAAAUAACAGGUGUGCUGGACUGUUGGAGUAUUCCUUAACCUGUUGUGAAGCUGAGAAAGCAGCGCCUUAAGCUGUUGCUGUGAUUUUACUGUUGAAACACUUUCUCCUGUGUAUUUAAAGUGAUGACUACACAAAACUAGUGUCUGGUUGUGCAGUGCACAUUUCCAUUUUUUACUCAUAGUUACGGGUUGAUAUUUAAAUUGUAGUUCUUGUCAUUCUAAUAUUACUGUUACAUUUUUUAUUCUGCCUUUUCCUCACACUUAGUAAUGUAGCGAGUGUGUUGUUUAAAUUUGAGACUUUGGUCGUGGCAAAAUUGCUUAGUUCCAUAGAAAUAGUUUGCUUUGGCUUUCAGUCACAUUGAGGACCUUUAGAUUUUAAAUGCAUACUCAUAAUUUAACUUUUAAGAGAAAAAUGUGAGUUCGUACUUUGGAUCUUUAUCAAGAAGAUGAUUUUCAUUUAUUUGUACAGAACAGAUUUGUGGGAUGUGGGGUUCCUAUUGCUAAUGUUAUAUUGAAUUGAAAGCUAAUGGAUAUAAUAAUGAAAAUCCUGUUGUGACUAGAGAGACAUUUAGGGAUGAGCAGGUUGAAGAGUUUUCUGUUGACCCUUAGCUUUGUCUCCUGGUUCACUGUGUGAUGUGAGACUUGUUUCCCUUACAGCCAGACGGGGAAGAAACUGAUGGCCAAGUGUCGAAUGCUGAUUCAGGAAAACCAGGAGUUGGGUAGGCAGCUGUCCCAGGGACGCAUCGCCCAGCUGGAGGCCGAGUUGGCACUGCAGAAGAAGUACAGCGAGGAGCUCAAGAGCAGUCAAGACGAGUUGAAUGACUUUAUCAUCCAGCUAGACGAGGAGGUGGAGGGGAUGCAGAGCACCAUCCUCGUCCUG